AUGGCGGCGGCGGCGUCGAAGGGAAGGAUUCUGGUGACCGGAGGCGCCGGAUACAUCGGCACACACACCGUUCUUCAGCUUCAGCAAGGAUACAAGGUCACCAUCAUCGACAAUUUCCGCAACUCCUUUCCGGAAGCCUAUAUGCCUCUUGCCGAGGUCGCUGGAGAUCUCUCCGAUAAUCUCGACAUUCUUGAAAUUUCGAUUGGAAAUGGUAAUGAUAUGAUGAAAUUUUUUAAUGAUGGGCGAUGUAAUAGGUUCGAUGGUGUGAUCCAUUUUGCCGGAUUAAAAGCUGCCCGGGAGAGUAUGAUUUAUGCUUUCCACUAUUUUGAUAACAAUUUGCUUGGCUCAAUCAACUUGUACAAGACCAUGGCAAAAUACCAUUGUAAGAAGUUAGUUUUCUCCUCUUCCUCGUUGGUCUAUGGACAACCGGAAAAGAUUCCUUGCGUUGAGGAUUUCCCGUUAAAUCCCGUGAACCCAUAUGCACGGACCAAGUUCUUCAUUGAAGAAAUUGCUCGAGAUAUCCAGAAGGCAGAUCCUGAAUGGAAAAUAAUCUUGCUGAGGUACUUUAAUCCUGUUGGGGCUCAUGAGAGUGGCAAACUUGGAGAAGAUCAAGAGGCCCUUUCUGUCAAUCUUGUGCCUUACAUAACGCAAGUAGCUGCCGGAAGAGUGCCUGAAUUAUGUGUAUAUGGUCAUGAUUAUCCCACUCCUGAUGGUAGUGCGAUCCGAGAUUACAUCCAUGUUAUGGAUUUAGCAGAUGGACAUGUCGCUGCACUCAAUAAGCUUUUCUCCAAGGAGUAUACAGGUUGCACUGCAUACAACUUGGGAACUGGUUCUGGUAAAUCUGUAUUUGAAAUGGUUGCUGCAUUUGAGAAGGCAUGUGGCAAGAAAAUCCGCGUAAAGCUUUGUCCAAGAAGGUUGGGAGAUGCCACCGAACUCUAUGUUUCUGCAGAGAAAGCUGAGAAGGAACUUGGUCGGAAGGCAAAGUAUGGGAUUGAGAAAAUGUGCAGGGAUCAAUGGAAUUGGGCAACCCGAAAUCCCAAGGGAUACUGUUGCAAGUACCUCGAGUCCUGGGUUGAUGAUGAUUCUAUUCUCCACACAAGUGAUACUCAAACUUCUUAA